CACGCUGAACGCAACGUUCGUCAGCCUGCGUGUUCCGGCCAGGCAGCGGCAGCGUCGGCGGGCCUGAUUGGAGCGCCCAGAGACUGCAGGGGUGCGGCUGUGGGGCAACCGCCAUUGGCCCUCCGCAAGGUGGAAUCCACGCCGUUGUCGUACCUCCCGAAGCUAGCGCUGUCCGAGAGCUGCGGCACUGCCAUGGCAUGAUCUCAUCCACGUCAAUUGCCCGCCCGCGCUCAAAAACAGCUCGCGAAGUGAAGCAUCAGCACCCCUUUCGCUUCGUUGUGUCUGUCGACAGAAGCCGCUCGAAUGGGCCAUGCUCCGGCGGCAGAAUGUCGCCGUCUCCCCUUCGCGGUCGCCGCCUGCGGAGCCGACACAGCGCCCGGCCAGCCGUCGGCGCCGUCCUGCUGGUCUCGCUGAUCGCUGCCAUUGCGCUGUUCAGGCAGGCGUCGGGCACCAAUGGCGUCGGAAGUAGCCAUCUCGGCGCGAGAGACUUGCGAGCCGACGAGGUCGGCUGCCGCGAAGUCCACCAUGCCGCCGACCAGUGCGCCUUCGUCCUGGAGAACUGCGAGGACGACGAGGCCGGCUUGAUCCACUACCUGACCUUCUACUACUGCACCCUUGGCGCCGCAAAACCGGCCGCGUUUGCCCUCCUCGCCGCCUGGCUCGGCCUGCUGUUCACCACCAUCGGCAUCGCCGCCAGCGACUUCUUCAGCGUCAACCUCAGCACCAUCGCCGGCGUGCUUGGCCUGAGCGAGAGCCUGGCCGGCGUCACCUUCCUCGCAUUCGGCAAUGGCUCGCCCGACGUGUUCAGCACCUUCGCCGCCAUGGGCUCCAACAGCGGGAGCAUGGCCGUGGGCGAGCUCAUCGGCGCUGCCGGCUUCAUUACCGCCGUCGUCGCCGGCUCCAUGGCCCUGGUGCGCGAGUUCAAAGUCAGCAAACGCACCUUCGUCAGGGACAUCAUCUUCUUCAUCGCAGCCGUCAGCUUCACCAUGGUCUUCCUGGCCGACGGCGAAUUGCACCUGUGGGAGUGCUUCACUAUGAUCGGCUUCUACUUGUUCUAUGUGAUCGUCGUCGUGGGUUGGCACUGGCUGUCCACCCGGAGGAGGAGGCAUCGCCUGAGGGUGACCGCAUCUCGCACGCACAUGUAUGGUGCGCCAGGUCGUGCCGCCGAAGAAUUGGAACCCUACCGUGACGAGCCGGAUGAAGACGAGGCAACCCCUGUCGGCGGUCGGUCCCGGCGUGCGCCCGAACCAGGCGACAUCAGUGCCUUGGAAAGGGGACCGCUCAUUGAGGUCGACGGCAUGCCUCGGGCGCCUGACGACAGCGGUGCCACGGCAGAGCCGGACGAGGACGAGGAAGAGCAACGAGAGAUACACGUCGCCGCCGAAAUGGCGAGCAGCAUGCGCGUCAACAGGCCGAGAUGGGGACGGAGCAACACCACCAUUACCCCGAUCCGACCGAGUCUGGUGGGCGUGCUCGAGUUUAGGUCGGUCCUCUCCUCGCUGCAGAAAGAAAGAAACAUGCACAUGGGCCCGGUCCAUGGUAGGACGCAUUCCUUCCAGCAGCAGCCGGCGGCCAGCUCGACUGCCGAGGAUACACGCGGCCGUUCGCGAAUCCAAGCCUCGCCGGCCCAGGUCGCGGCUGGAACGAGGGAACGAGCCCUGUCGUCCGGAAACUCGCCGUUGAACCUGCAGAAUGCAGAUCUUCCUCUGACCAGCGCUGCUUCCCUGCCCGAGACACGCACAAGCUCGACUGCCCGGACCGUCGACGGAAGGCUUGCGCCGCCUCACGGCCCCGCCUUGUCGGCUGGCGCCUCGCCGCGCGGCUCUCAUGAUGUGCCGAAGCCGACGGGCCAGUCUCUGCACAUCCGAAUUCCCUCCCCGGGCCGGCCCUCCAGCGGACGCUCUUCGCCCUCGCUCUCGCCGUUCCCUGGCCUGUCGGAGUCCCCUGCCGUGCUGACGCCCCAUCAGGAGCUCGGCGGGUUCUCUUUACCUGGCCCUCUUGACACUAGACUUCACUCUUUCCCAGGUCUAGAUGAACAGGAAGACCGCCCGAGGCCGGUCAAGUGGUGGCCCUACGGACUGCUUCCGGCACCCCAUGUGCUUCUUGCCACCAUGUUCCCAACGCUGCAGGGGUGGAAGGAGAAGACGCUGUGGGAUAAGCUGGUCAGCCUGAUCUCGGCCCCAAGCAUCUUCUUCCUCGUCGCAACGCUUCCGGUGGUGGAGACGGAGAACGAAGAGAACGAGUCCGAGAUCGGUCCGGCGGAUUCUCCAGAAGCCGGCACUCCUGGGGGGAUAGCCACGCCGGUAUGGGUCGAAGAGGGUGGCACCGUCCAACCUGAAACGGAGUGGCAGGCUUACCGGAGACGGACCCGCUCGGUGACGUCGAGAUCAUCACCGCUCUACCUGUCGCCCUGCACGCUACCGUUGGAUGCUCGGCACCCACCAGCUGCGCAAAUCACAUCAGGGGUACCCGCUUCGCAGCGUCCGAAGCCAGCAGGCGCCGAUUCGCACCGCGACACGGCUUCAUCUGGUGACGCUCGGUCGGGGUGGAACAGAUGGCUUGUCGCUGUCCAACUUUUCACUGGGCCUCUUUUUGUCGUUUUCAUCGCGUGGGCGAACACGGCCGACGACUUUGUGGAGCCGAAGAAGGCGCUCCUCAGGAUGACGCUGUACUCGCUGGUGUUCUCCCUGUGCUUGCUGGGGCCUCUGCUCCUGACCACCUCGGCCGACAAAAAGCCCAAGUACCAUUUCCUCCUCUGCUUCCUGGGGUUCGUCAUCAGCGUCGCGUGGAUUUCCACCAUCGCCGGGGAGGUCGUCGGCGUGCUCAAGGCCUUCGGCGUGAUUCUCAACAUCUCGGAAGCUAUCCUCGGACUGACUGUGUUUGCCGUGGGCAACUCGCUGGGCGAUCUCGUCGCCGACGUCACGGUCGCCCGCUUGGGGUAUCCCGUGAUGGCAUUGGCCGCGUGCUUCGGCGGACCGAUGCUCAACAUACUCCUGGGCGUCGGCAUCGGAGGCGCGUGGAUGGGCAUCAGCUCGGCCAAGCAGAAGCACCGCAAACACCCCGGGGCGCCGCUGCACUACAAGCCCUACCGCAUUCAGGUCGGCGGGACGUUGUUGAUCUCGGCUGCCACUGUGCUGCUGACGCUCACCGUCCUGCUCAUCGCGGUGCCGUCGAACAAUUGGGUUAUGAGCCGCAAGAUCGGCUGGGGCUUGAUUUGCAUAUGGACUGUUGGGACCAUCGUCAAUCUCGUGGCGGAGCUCACGGGGACUUGGUCGGACGUGUCAUGACUGCUGGCAAGCAUUAUCACCGCGGGUACAUGCCGGGCGGGGCAACAUGUUUAAGCCGAUCGAAUUCAGUGACCAUACGCCUGCAGCACCUGCGCUGGUGUGGACGACCUUACACGGCUGGCACAUGUCGAGACCGAACGCUGCCUCGCCUCUCUCAGUUUAUGCACUCGCCCGCGACCAGGCGCGUUUCUAUCAGCGUACCCCUCCCUGUUGGACGGAGCCGGCUGCUCCUCAUCU